GCUUCGAUUUUUGAAGCUACAGCUUCCAUUGGUCAUUUUAUCCUUAAAACAUUAGCUUCAUCUCCAUCUUUAUCGUUAAUAUUAAAUGCACGCGGCUAGAAAAAUAGUCCCGCUUUCCAACAAGCACUCCCUUCAAUGGGUCCAAAACUACACUACCAGGACAAAGAUACCCAUUGCCAAUCUAUCGAAAGGAGCAAAGGGGUCUGCUAUAUUAGCCACAAAUGUCAUGAGAUCUUUUUUCGAUAACGGUUUGAUUGAUGAUGCACGUGCUCUGUUCGACGAAAUGCCUGAAAGAGACGUGGUUAUGUGGACGGCCAUGAUUGCCGGCUACACUUCAUGCAACCAAUAUGUCCAUGCCUGGACUGUGUUCUGUGAGAUGGUAAAUAAUUGGGAGAACCCCAAUGCAUUUACUUUAUCUAAUGUCUUAAAGGCUUGCAAAUCCCUGCAAUGUCUUGCGCGUGGAGGUUUGGUUCAUGGGAUGGCUAUAAAGCUUGGCUUAGAGGGUUCAUUAUACGUUGAUAAUGCGCUUAUGGACAUGUAUGCUACGUGUUGCAUUAGCAUGGAGGAUGCGUGUUCGAUUUUUAGAGAUAUGAAAGAGAAAAAUAUGGUCACUUGGACUACUUUGAUCACUGGUUACACUCACCGGGGUGAUGGCUAUGGUGGACUUCAAGUUUUCCGAGAAAUGUUACUGGAUGAAGCAGAGUUGAAUCCUCAUAGUUUUUCAAUUGCCAUUAGAGCUUGUGCUGCCAUAGGUUCAAAUACUUUUGGUAGGCAAAUACAUGCAGCCAUCAUUAAAAACGGGCUUGGUUCUAAUCUUCCUGUCAUGAAUUCUAUGCUAGACAUGUAUUGUAGGUGUGGUUUUUUAUCUGAAGCAAAUGCAUACUUCUAUGAGAUGUCUGAAAAAAAUCUGAUCACGUGGAACACCUUAUUAGCUGGUUAUGAAAGACUAGGUUCUAAAGAGGCCUUGAAUAUAUUCUCACAAAUGGAAUCAGACGGUUUUAGACCGAAUUGCUUCACAUUUACUAGUAUUACUGCUGCCUGUGCAAAUUUAGCAGUUUUGAAUUGUGGACAACAGGUUCAUGGAGGUAUCAUUUGCAGAGGCCUACAGGGGAACUUGGUGUUGGCUAAUGCCCUAAUUGACAUGUAUGCCAAGUGUGGAAGCAUAGCUGACUCACGCAAAAUCUUUAGUGAAAUGUCUGAUAGAAAUUUGGUGUCAUGGACAUCUAUGAUGAUUGGUUAUGGGGCACACGGUUAUGGGAAAGAGGCAGUUAAGUUGUUUGAUGAGAUGGUCGUGUCUGGAAUUAGACCUGACAGGAUAGUGUUUAUGGCAGUUCUUAGUGCUUGCAGUCAUGCUGGACUUAUAGAUGAAGGCUUGAGGUGUUUUGAAUCAAUGAGUAAUUACAACGUCACUCCCGAUCAGGAGAUUUAUGGGUGUGUUGUUGAUUUGCUAGGCCGUGGUGGGAGAGUUGAGGAGGCUUAUCAACUGAUCAAGGGCAUGCCAUUUAAGCCUAAUGAAUCUGUUUGGGGUGCACUUCUUGGUGCUUGUAAAGCACAUAAGCUCCCAAGUAUGGGAAAAUUAGCAGCAUUGAAGGUAUUGGAUUUGAGGCCAAAUAAAGUAGGGGCAUAUGUGAUGUUAUCAAAUAUCUUUGCUGCCGAGGGUAAGUGGGGAGAAUCUGCAAGAAUGAGGAAGUUGAUGAGAAGAACCGGUAGUAGAAAAGAGGCAGGAAGGAGUUGGAUUGAGGUAAGAAAUCAGGUAUACAGCUUUGUGGUUGGUGAUAAGGUUGGGUCUCACACAGAGUGGGCACAUGGGGUUGUAGAGUUGCUGAUUUUACAUAUGAAAGAAGCAGGAUAUAUUCCUGAUUUACAUUGUUUGAUACAUGAUCUUGAAGAUGGGACUUGAAGAGAAAAGAAGCUGAAGAAACUGAAAUGUGAUUAAUAUGAUCAAAUGGGGUUGUGGAAUUACUUAUUUUACUUACAGAAGAACCCGGAUUUAGCUUGUUUGAUACAUGUUCUUGAAGAUGGGAUUUGAAGAAACUGAAGUGAAUUACUGAACAUGAUCAAAUGGGGUUAUAGAGUUGCUUAUUCUAAAUAUGGAAGAAGCUAGGAUACAUGCCUGGUUUUGAUUGUUUGAUACAUGAUCUUGAAGAUAGGCCUUCAAAGGAGAGAAGCUGAAGAAACUGAAGUAAGGUACUGAAUAUGAUCAAAUGGGGUUGUUAAGUUGCUUGUUCUACAUAUGGAAGAAACAGGGUAAAUGCCUGGUUUACAUUGAUACAUGAUCUUGAAAGUGGGACUUGAAGAGAAGAGAAGCUUAAGAAACGGAAUUGAAUUACUGAAAAUGAUCAAAUGGGGUUGUAGAGUUGCUUAUUCCACAUAUGGAGGAGGCAGGAUAUAUGCCUGGUAAAGAUGGGACUUAAGAUGAGAGAAGCUGAAAGUGAAUUACUUAGGUGUGUUUAGUAUUGCUUCGAAGAAGCAUUUUUAGGGCAAAAAGCACUUUUGAGGCAAAAGCAUUAUAAAAAAAAAAGCUAUUUUUUUAGAGAAAAAGUGCUUCUCCUAAGCCAAAAAUUGGCCCAAAAAUAUUUUCUUGAGAAACUGAAAAUUUUAGCUUCUUCCCAAAAGUGCUUUUUUCCAAGCACUUUUGAGAAGCAUUGAUAUGACCAAAUGGGGUUGGUUAUGACCAGCCCUUACCUAAGUUGGGUAGAAUUGGAAGUUUAGAACAUAGAAAAUAUUUUAUGGAUUCUUUUCCUUUAUGGCUGGCUGCUGCAUUUGUUUCAAGGGGAGAGUCCCAUUAACUGCAAAUAAUUUUUCUUUCAAGAAUCUUAUCUACACUAAAACGCUUUCAUUCAAUAGGAGAUUGUUUGUUUAGACAAUACAGCAUAUAUCCUCUGAGUCUGACUUAAUGUUAAGUUGAUUGAAUAAAAUAAAUUUAUAUUUUUAGUAA